GAACAGACGAGAGGAACCGAACGGAGGCGAAAACCGUGUGCGCAAAUAACUCGUGGCGGCGGCGGGUGCCUGCGUUUCCUAAUAGGUGUCGGUUUCAAAUAAUAUCAAAAAAGAGAGAAGUUUCACUUUCCACAGGCGGAUGGGUGACUAUCACUCUCGGCGGCACUUUGUGAGGAGGAGAUGAUGAAGAAUUUCAGCAACAGUCCCCUUCACAAUAACCAGACUCCAAACCACAUUAGAGAUCGGAACAACAAAAAGUUCGGUUUUCUCUCGGCGGUUCUGUUACGUUUUUCCCUGCGAGGGUAUGGUUUUUGCAUGGCUAGUCUAUUCCUCUUCUGUUUUGGGUCUCUGUUUUACCAGUUGAACGGAGGACCUCCCAACAUUCUACUGGACAUCCGACAGUAUCUCGGAGAAUCCACAUAUCUCGAUGACCACGGACCCCCAGCUCCCCGGGUGCUGCCGUUCCCCAGUCAGGUGGUGUAUAACCGUGUGGGGAAGUGUGGCAGCAGGACGGUAGUCAUCCUACUGAGGUUACUAGCAGAGAGACAUCAGUUCAACCUGGUCUCCUCAGACAUCCACAACAAGACACGUCUCACCAAACAUGAACAGGUGGACCUUAUGAGGAACAUCAGCAACAUCCCCCAGCCUUUCCUGUACACCAGACAUGUCCACUUUCUCAACUUCACCCGGUUCAGGAUAGAGCAGCCAGUCUACAUCAACAUCAUACGGGACCCCAUUAACCGUUUCCUCUCCAACUACUUCUUCCGACGUUUCGGGGACUGGAGGGGGGAGCAGAAUCACCUCAUCCGAACACCUGGGAUGAAGGGUGACGAGAGAUACCUGGACAUCAAUGUGUGCAUCCUGGAGAAUUACCCAGAAUGCUCCAACCCCAGACUCUUCUACAUCAUCCCAUAUUUCUGUGGACAGCACCCCCAGUGCAGGGAGCCGGGAGUAUGGGCUCUGGAGAGGGCCAAACAGAACGUUCUAGAGAACUUCCUUAUUGUGGGGAUCCUAGAGGAGCUGGAAGAUGUGCUGCUUCUUCUAGAGAGACUGUUACCGCACUACUUUACUGACGUACUGAACAUCUACAAGAGCCCAGACUACAGGAAGAUGGGGAACAUGACUGGCACGGUGCGUAAGCACACGCCCACUCUGGAGGCCCUUCAGGUGCUGUACCACCGCAUGCGCUACGAGUACGACUUUUACAACUUCAUCCGAGACCAGUUCCACCUGAUGAAGAAGAAGAUUGGCCUCAAGUCGGUCUCCCGACCCCCUGCCCAUCAGGCUUCCUUCCUGAGAGACCUGUCCCUCCGAACCCCAGAGCCCCUGGAUGAAGACGAGGAGCUGGAGACCGACCUGGAGGACGCCAACAGCUGGUUGGUCCAGCCCUGACCAUUGCCGUG